ACAAGAAUACAGGUCCCCAGGGACGCAGAGGCAGCCCGGCCUGCCAGGCGACUCUGAAAAGCAGGAGCCGCAGUGAAGGAGGCAUCAGUCGGUGAGAGGAGAGGUGGCUGGGCCAGCACCUGCCCAGGUUCCUGCCAGGAACAGGACCUGCACCAGGAAACUGAAAGAAGACCUUUCAAGCAAUGGUGGCGACAACACACUGAGCUCAAAGCAUGAGCCAGCUCCGGACCACAAAGGCUGGGCUGGUGGCGUGCGGCAUGAUCUGUGCCUUCGUCUUUCUUUACUUGAGAAACCCAGAUCCUGAGGAGGCCGAGGCUGAGCCCACUCACCCAGCUGUGGUGGAAUGUGGCUUUUAUCCAGAUGAAUUGUGCUCAGCUUUAUUUGACGGGAAAAAGGCAGCCCCCCAAAUUGCACAAUUCUGCAAACCCCCUCAGAACUCUGAAGUACCUGCUCAUUUGCGCUCACUUGGAAACUGCUCCAGGAUGGCCCAGGGGCUGCAUUUCAUAACCAGACCCCUGUCUGCAGAAGAGGGGAACUUCUCUUUGGCCUAUGUUAUACAUGCUCCUAAGGAGCUAGCCAUGUUUGUGCGGCUUCUCAGAGCAAUCUACGCACCUCAGAAUGUGUACUGUGUCCACAUUGAUGAAAAGGCCCCAAAGAAGUUUAAGAGUGCCAUGCAAACCUUCGUGGACUGUUUUGGAAAUGUCUUUCUUUUAUCAAAGACACAGAAGGUGGCUCAUGACAACCUCAGGAGGCUUCAGGCAGAGAUUGACUGCAUGAGGGACCUGGUCCAUUCCCCAUUUCAAUGGCACUAUGUCAUGAAUCUUUGUGGACAGGAAUUCCCUAUCAAAACCAACCAAGAAAUCAUCCGCUACAUCAGAACCAGGUGGAAGGGUAAAAACAUCACUCCUGGGGUGAUCCCACCACCAAACACCAGACCCAAGACAGGUCAAAGCUCUCCAGAGCCCAGCCCCAAUGAAAACAGCUACACACCUCCAAAUACAAUGUUCAAACAAAAAGCACCCCAUAAUCUAACAAUUUACUCUGGGAGUGCCCACUACGCACUUACGAGAAAGUUUGUAGGGUUCAUCCUAACUGAUCCCCGUGCAAAAGACAUGCUGCAGUGGUCCAAAGACAUCCACAGUCCCGAGCAGCAUUACUGGGUGACCCUGAACCAACUGAAAGAUGCUCCAGGUGCCACACCAGAUGCUGGAUGGGAAGGACACAUUCGAGCCACGAAGAGGAGAACAGAGGCAGGAGAUGGUCAUAAGGGGUGCACAGGCCAUGAUGCCCAAGACACCUGUGUGUACGGCCUGGGAGACCUGCCUUGGCUCAUCCAGUUGCCAGCUUUCUUUGCCACGCUGGAGCCCUCUGCAGACCCACUGGUGGUGGUAUGCCUAGAGAGGCGGCACCGACUCAAAGCCCUCCAGCAGGCUGAGGUCCCCCCAGAGCCACACUGGCAAUUUCCCCAAGAAAGCCACUUCAACAGCCAACCUCAUCACUGAGGGACUUGUCAGCAUCACUCUUUAAAUUCCUUUAUGUGAAUUAUUUAAAAAGUGAUGCAGAGACAUGCUCCCGCCAGACUUCACCACUACACAGGCAGGGAGAGACCUAGGAGGACCACCCAAGGCUGCGGUUGGGAGCCCAAGCCAACAGCUGGAGGCCCAGCGCGUUAUCAGCUGCCAAGUUUCUCCACCUGCUCAAUCCAGUUCACAUCGGACACACCCACAGCAGGCCUGGUUCUGAGGGCCUGGAGAUCCUGGGUAAGAGGCACUGCUGUACAACAAAGCCCACCCACGGGAAGCCAUGCUUCUCUAGAGCUGUUCCUAUGAACUAAGAGCAGUACAACUUUAUUCUAGAAAACUCCAGGAAGAUGUGUAGGGGUAAAAUGAAUAAUCCCACAGAGGAACGUGCUUCUUAGGAAUGCUGCCCUAAGUCUGUGCAGUCUUGGCAUGCCAUCGGCUGUUCUUCCCGCCAUGUUGGCGGCUACAACUGCACUGCCCUGCCACCUCCACAGGGGCUUCUGCACACAAUGGUGUGGAGAGAGAGGGAGGAAGCCACUCUUGACUCUUACAGCUGGUGCACGGGCUGAAGGCAUCCUCUCCGUUGCUGCAGCUGUCUGGAAGACUUCUAUAGAUGCAUUUUCUCUAGCAGUGUCCUUGGUGGCAUAAAGACUGACAUGUUCAAGGAUUUUAUGUGUAUGAAUGUUUUGCCUGCAUAUAUGUAUGUGUAUCACAUGCCCAUGGAAGUCAGGAACUGGAGUUACAAAUGGUGCCAGACACUAUG